AUGCCACGCUUUGGUGAGGGAAUACAGCGAAGUGUGCCGGAUCCCAAGGAUCAUCAAGAUGGCCACUACUCGGUCGUCGGUUCAAGAAUUCUGCGUCCGAAUUCCACGUACUGUGUACAGGUGUCAACGUUUGAUACAAAGUCACCGGUUGCGUUCCGUGUAUCGAUCGCUGCAAAGGAGAACGUUCUUAAAAGCGAAGAUAUCACCCUCGGCGUCAAUGAGUCGCGUCUGUUAAGCUUCCCGAUUGGCAGUAUUCCUGAGGACGACUACGAGCUGGUUGCGGAAGGUCUUUCCGGUUUGGUGUUUAAAUCAAAAGCCCAAAUAGAUUUCGAUGACAAAUUCUGCUCCGUGUUGAUACAGACCGAUAAGUCCGUGUACAAACCGGGCGACACGGUCCGAUUCCGUGUGCUGGUAUUGGAUCGCAACAUGAAGCCGCUAGCGGUGGACGACGGUAUGCUGGUGUACAUUCGCGACGGCAAGGGCAAUCGAGUCAAGCAGUGGAACAACGCAUCGCUUGGUGAAAGUGGCGUGUUCCAAUCGGAACUCACACUAUCCACCGAACCGGUUCUGGGAGCGUGGGACAUAAAUGUUGAUGUGCUUGGAUUGAAACAAUUAAAAUCGUUCGAUGUGGACGAGUAUGUACUGCCAACGUACGAAGUGACAGUAGAAUCACCGGGUUACACGUUCCUCGACGAUGAGCUGCUUAAGCUGGUGGUUAACUCGAAGUACACCUACGGAAAGCCGGUUGUCGGUGAGCUGACAGUUUCCAUCAAGACGGGCCAGUCAAUGUGCUUCAUAGCUCCGGCAACCGACACUAGCAUCUGUCAGAAGGUGGUAGCGAUCGAUGGCAAGACAGUGGUGGAGUUCAACCUGAAAGAGAUUCUGCUGAACAAAAUGUACAUUCGCGAGCUGGAGAUCGAAGCCGCCGUGUGUGAAUCCUUAACUGGGCGCACCCAGAAAGGGUCCACGACGGUUAAAUUGCACGAAAAUCGCUUCGAAGUUCGUAUGAUCGAAGAGUCGAGCUAUUUUCCGGGCCUACCGUACAACGCCUGGAUACAGGUGACGCAUCUCGGUGGUGGUCCAGUGCUGGAAGGAACGAAGGAGGUCGAGAUUUUGUUACGGAACUACAACACGGACCUGUUCAAGGAGACUGCAACGCUGGAUGAUGCAGGAAAGGUGAAGUUGAAUGUCAAGCUGGACGAACUGGACUUUGAGUAUUUGAGCGUCGAGGUAAAGUUUCGCGGUAAGGACUACCAUGUCCAGGGCAUCACGAAGCCGCGGGCUGGUCAGGAAGCAUUUAUGAAGGCGAUGCCGUUGGAGAAACUAACAAUGCCAGGAAAGGAGUUAAAGUUUAAUGUGGCCUGUACGAAACCACUUCAAUUGGUGGCCUACUCGUUACUGGCACGUGGAGAACUUUUGGCAGGAGGAGCCGUACAGGGUGCAGAUAACAAGUUGAUCAGUAUUACUAUCCCGUCCACUUACUGCAUGGUGCCACGUGCUAAGCUCUUAGUGCACUGCAUCUCCCCAACAGGAUACAUUGUUUCAAAUUAUACGAAGGUCAAAUUUGGUCGUUUGUUUGAAAAUCAGAUUCAACUUAAUCUUUCACAAGAGGAGAUGAAACCGGGAGAAUCGUUGGAUAUUGAAGUGCGUACAGAGGAAGGUUCCUUUGUAGGUCUGCUAGCUGUCGAUCAGAGUGUUCUCCUGUUGAAAUCGGGCAACGAUAUCGGUCGUGAACAGAUUGAACAAGAGCUGCAUAUGUAUGAAUCAUCUCAAAACCAACAUCGCUAUUGGAAUAACAAUUCUACAUCGGAUUGCCAGGCCGUUGGAGUGGUUAUGCUGUCCAACAGAUUUGUUCCACAAGAUAUAUUUCCUCGAGGUGUAAUGUUUGGAUGCGGAGCUCCGAUGGCGGCUGGAUUUGCUGCACCCCAAAUGAUGUUAAAACGAGCGAAUGUUGUAAUGGAAGACGCCAUCGUGAUGGAAUCAGCUGCAGAACCGACCAUUCGUGCAAACUUCCCUGAAACAUGGAUUUGGGAAAGCAUUACCAACAGCAAAGCAACGGAAUGUAUUAGAAAGAUUGUGCCGGACACGAUCACGUCUUGGAUCAUUAGCGGAUUUUCGCUCAACAAAAGCCACGGAUUUGGGUUGAUGGACGGUCCGUCCAAAGUGAAUGUAUUUAUGCCAUUUUUCCUCUCGAUCGAUCUGCCAUACUCGGUAAAGUUGGGAGAAACCGUCAGAAUACCGGUGAUCGUAUUUAACUACAUGGACGAGGAUCAAUUGGCGGAUGUAGUAUUUUUCAACAAUAAUGAUGAGUUUGAAUUUGUUUCUGAUGACUCCGGUGAUCAGACAGAUAAACAUCGCAAGGAAAAGGUGUCUGUAUCUAGUGGAGGCGGUAAAACGAUUACUUACAUGAUAAAGCCCACCAAAGUGGGACAUAUUACGCUGAAGCUUACUGCCAAGUGUGCACUGGCAGGUGAUGGUAUUGAGCGGCAGCUUCUCGUCGAACCGGAAGGAUUGCCGCAGUACAUCAACAAGGCUCUGUUGGUCGAUUUACGCUCUGUUAAAGACAUCAGCCAGAGCUUUGAGGUGGAAGUACCGGAAGAUGCCGUCCCCGAUUCGACGAAGGUUGAAGUGUCCGUAAUUGGGGAUGUGCUAGGUUCGUCGAUCGAGAAUCUCGACUCGUUGAUUCGUAUGCCGUUCGGGUGUGGUGAGCAGAACAUGCUCAACUUUGUCCCCUGUAUCGUUGUGUUGGAUUAUCUGAAGGCCUGCCGGCGGCUUACGGCCGCGAUUGAAAGCAAGGCAAAGAAGUGUAUGGAGGUAGGCUAUCAGCGGGAGCUGACCUACAAGCACCAGGAUGGAUCGUUCAGUGCGUUCGGUGAGAGCGACAAGAGUGGCAGUACCUGGUUGACGGCGUUCGUGGCGAAAUCUUUCCAGCAGGCAGCUAGUCACAUCACCAUCGAGGAGGAUGUGAUUGACAAGGCGCUCGAGUGGCUCAGCAAGAUACAAUCGUCUGAUGGAGCUUUCCCGGAAGUUGGUUCGAUUUGUCACAAGGAUAUGCAGGGAGGUGCAGGAUCCGGUAUAGCCCUAACUGCAUACACCGUGGUGGCGUUCCUGGAGAAUGCAAAGUUUGGCGAGAAAUUCAAACCGACAGUUGACAAAGCGUUAACUUACAUUAAAGAGCACAUCAGCGAGCUGGAUGAUGUGUAUGCUCAUGCACUAGCAGCGUACGCCCUGCAGAUUGCCAAGCAUUCGCUCAAAGAUGAGGUGCUGGCAAGUCUUCAGUCAAAAGCGACGAAAGAAGGCGAUCUGCAAUGGUGGACAAAAUCGCUGCCGGAAAAGAUUCAAACGGACUGUUACUGGUCUCGGCCCUGUUCGGUAAACGUCGAGAUGAGUGCGUACGGAUUGCUGGCAACCCUCGAAACAGCAACCGGGCUGGAAGGUUUACCCAUCACGAAGUGGUUGGUUUCGCAGCGUAACGAUAAGGGUGGGUUUGAGUCCACUCAGGAUACGGUAGUUGGAUUGCAGGCACUGUCCAAAAUGGCUGCUCAAUUGUCGUCCACCGAAGCAGACGUUUCGAUUAAAGUGACUGUGCCGAAUGGCCAAGAGAAGGCUAUUUCGGUGAACAAAGACAAUUUGCUGGUGCUGCAGAAGCAUGAGCUUGCUGUGGACACAAAGAAGGUGGAGAUGGCAGCGACUGGUACGGGUUGUGCGUUGUUCCAGCUGUCUUAUAAGUACAACAUCAAGGACGCUGACAAGACUCCUCGCUUUACAUUGAAACCGGAAGCGACGAAGGGAUCGAUCAAGGGUUGCAUUGAUUUGUCCGUUUCUACGAGCUUUAUCCCGCAGGAAGAUCAGACCGUCUCAAACAUGGCGGUUAUGGAGGUAGAUAUGCCGAGUGGAUUCAUCGUGGAGAGUGAUACCUUGCAGCAGCUAAAGGAACAUGAGUUCGUAAAGAAAGUGGAAACUAAACGUGGUUCCUCGACGGUGGUCCUGUACUUUGAUAACAUCGGCAAGGACGCCAUAAAGCUGCACAUGUCCGCAUUCCGGAAGUACGAGGUGGAAAACGCAAAGCCAGCAAAUGUGAUCAUUUACGAUUACUAUGACAAUACUCGCUGUGCUCGUUCGUUCUACGAAGUUGCAGCUUGA